UUGUCUAAGGUGCUAACAAUAGCUGGACAACCAUAGGGCAGUGUAGUCACAUGAGCAGGAAGGGAACACGCUAUGUAGACUUGAUGGCCAAACCUAAACCUGUUUGGAUUCUGAACCCCAAAGAAGUGCAGCCUCUGUAUUCAUAUCCCUCUUCUCCCUCUAUCUCUGCCUUGGGCUCAGGGUUCAAAUAAGACAAAAUGUCAGACACAGAAGAAGUGGAGGAAGUGCAGGAAGAAGAAGAUGGAGCCAAGCCCAAACCAAAGUUUGUGCCAAAUAUCACUGCACCAAAGAUGCCUGAUGGCGAGAAAGUGGAUUUUGAUGACAUCCACAGGAAGCGUCAGGACAAGGACCUGUCUGAGCUCCAGUCUUUGAUCGAGUCUCACUUUAUCCAGAGGAAGAAGGAAGAAGAGGAGCUCAUCAGUCUCGUCAACAGGAUUGAGAAACGUCGCGCAGAGAGGGCAGAGCAGCAGAGGGUUCGUGCAGAGAGGGAGAAGGAGAGGCAGGCCAGGGUUGCGGAGGAGAAGGACAGGAAGGAGGCAGAGGAUCAGCGUAGGAAGCAGGAUGAUGACAUCAAGAAGAAGAAGGCUCUCACCAACAUGACCCACCAGUAUGGAGGAAUCCAGCAGAAGAGUGAAAACCGCAAAGGAGCCAAGAAGCAGACAGAGAGAGAGAAGAAGAAGAAGAUUCUUGCUGACCGAAGGAAACCUCUCAGCAUCGACCAUCUGAAUGAGGACAAACUUAAGGAGAAGGCCAGUGAGAUGUGGCAGCGAAUGAUGGAGUUGGAGGCAGAGAAGUUUGACCUCAGUGAGAAACUCAAGAAACAGAAGUAUGAUAUUAAUCAGCUUCUCACCCGGGUCCAGGACCACCAGAGCGCCAAAGGUCGAGGCAAGAAGAUGGGCCGUGUGAGGUAAAAGGAGCAGCCGCCAUGGUCGAGGGCAGACAGCCAUGACUGGAGAUCGGCCCAUGAUGAUAAUGUGUCUGUAUACGUGAUGUUCAUUGUUCCGUCUGGUAUAACAGCAGACUGGAUCACAAGUCAAUAAAAUGGCUCAUUCAA